AUGGCACCCAAAUUCUUGACGGGCGACAAGGCCGGAAUCGAUGAGUUUCUCAACAAGUUCGAUGUCUUCCUCUUUGACUGCGAUGGCGUCCUUUGGUCUGGUGAUCAUCUCUUUGAGGGCACCAAGGAAACUAUCGAGAUGCUCAGAAGCAAAGGCAAGCAAUUGGUCUUUGUGACCAACAACAGCACAAAGUCUCGCGCAGACUACAAGAAGAAGUUCGACAGCAUGGGCAUCCCGUGCAAAGUGGAAGAGGUCUUUGGCUCUGCCUACAGUGCCGCCAUCUACAUUGCUCGCAUCCUCAAGCUGGAAGCACCCAAGAACAAGGUCUUCGUCCUCGGAGAGUCUGGCAUUGAAGCAGAGCUAGCGUCUGAGAAUGUGCCAUACUGCGGAGGUACCGACCCCAAUCUUCGCCGCGACAUGAAGCCAGAAGACUUCACAAACAUUGCCAACGGCAGUGCCCUCGACCCAGAUGUUGGUGUUGUGCUUGCAGGUCUUGACUUCAAUGUCAACUACCUGAAGUUGAGCUUGGCAUAUCACUAUCUCCGUAGAGGUGCAGUUUUCCUUGCCACCAACACCGACUCGACUCUGCCCAACUCGCAUACCCUCUUCCCUGGUGCUGGAUCAGUGGGUGCACCCCUCGUCAAGGCUUGGGGCAAGGAGCCUCUGGCAUUGGGAAAGCCCAGCCAGGCUAUGAUGGAUGCAGUCGAGGGCAAGUUCCAAUUCGACCGCAGCCGCGUCUGCAUGAUCGGAGACCGCCUCAACACUGACAUUCAAUUUGGUAUUGAGGGCAAGCUUGGAGGCACACUGGCCGUUUUGACUGGUGUUAGCAAGAAGGAAGAGUUUUUGGCUGAAGAUGCUCCUGUGGUUCCAUCAGCAUAUGUCAACAAGCUCGGCGACUUGCUUGGAUAG